AUUGGUCCCAGUUGAGGUCCAUGGCCCCCUUGGGCCCGCGGAGCAGCUGAGGGGAGAGAGGACGACUAUGGCCGGGGUGCGCAGGCUGGAGCUGGAGGAGGCCCUGGCGCUGGGGCCUAACUGGCGGCAUGCGUGCCACGCGCUGCUCUACGCGCCAGACCCCGGGCUGCUCUUCCACCGCAUUCCACUGCGUUAUGCGGUCCUGAUGCAGAUGCGCUUUGACGGGCGUUUGGGCUUCCCCGGAGGUUUCAUGGACAAGCAGGACGGUAGCCUGGAGGAUGGGCUGAACCGCGAGCUGUUAGAGGAGCUGGGCGAGGCAGCGGGCGCCUUCCGCGUGGAGCGUGCAAACUACCGCAGCUCCCAUGCGGCGUCCGGCCAGCGCGUCGUGGCUCACUUCUAUGUUAAAUGUCUGACGCUGGAGCAGCUGACUGCAGUGGAGAAGGGCGCGCCGUUUGCCAAGGACCACGGGCUGGAGGUGCUGGGCCUGGUGCGGGUGCCCCUGUAUACCCUGCGGGAUGGUGUGGGAGGCCUGCCUACCUUCCUGGAGAAUACCUUUAUUGGAACUGCGAGGGAGCAGCUGCUGGAAGCCCUCAAGGACUUAGGACUGCUGGAAUCUGGUUCUGUCCAUGGCACUUAAGAGCUCAGCUCUGAGAUCAGGACCUUUGUACUUAGGAGGGAGGGAGGAGAAAGGAGGGAGGAUCAGGCCUGGGCCUGAUAGGUGGCAACAUAUUAAAAAGAAAGAAGUGUGUGCAAUGUGUUCUGAGCAGAGGGCUCUUGGCAACUCGUGGCAUCAGGGACAGAAAUCUGCAGCUCAUCACAGAGGCCCUGGCGAAUUCCCAGAGCCUGCCUCCUCCCUGUACCUUUGCACACAUGCAUCCUGGCAGCCCCCAGGGAUGUGAAUGCAAAAUUUGUGCCUGCACACAAGUUGGUGCCUCCCUGACCCCUAAAAUUUAGUUUAACCAGGAAAUGGCAUAUGUGGGGCCUAGGUUGUCAUCAUCCCAUUCUCUUGCUGGGGAGGAGCUUCUGAACCACAUUCCUACGUGGUU